AUGGGAAACUUCUUCUCUCGCCCAGGCCGGGAGGCAGAUGAGCUGCCCCCAGGCGCUUUUCCCGCCGGCAACACCUCGUCUCUCAACAGCUCGUCAAUUACCCCGUAUCUAGGCAUCAACACCGGAUCGUACGAGAACCCUUACCCGCCGAUACCCUUCGAAUGGAUCGUCUCGCCUACCAAGGUCCAGGGCUCAUGCCCCGACGGUCACCAGAUACUGACGUGGUUCGGUGUCACAGAUGCUGUCAUCACCGUUCUGGCAAUUCUCUGCGCCUACCGCCCUUUCAUCCACUGGCUUUCUCGAGGAAAGCUUGGAAACCGCGUCAAGAACCGCAUGGCUCUAACAUGGACUGUAACCUUUGCUUGUCAGCUCACGGCAAGCGCCAUCGUCGCUGGUAUCAUGGGCAACACCCCAGGUUACGAGUCGUUGAACAUGCUGCACAUCUUCACUGUCGCCAUGUCACGACCACGAUUUUAUCCCGUCGUUCUCGGACUACUGCGCUGUGUAGUUACCGCCCAACGAACACGCGACUGGGAUAAGACGACAAUCAUCAAACGUAGCGUCGACGACCGCGUUGAAUUCCCCUACACAGAUUCCUGGAUCACAACCAGUUUCUCAGAGCUAGCACUACUUAUUAUAUCCGCCGUAUUUACUGGCGUCACAUGGAACCGCCUUCCCUCGGACAGUAAAUCCCGCGAGUUCACCUCAGACCAUGUGAGCUUCAUGUCGAGCACCCCAGGAAUAAUGUUUCUCUGCAUGCUUGCUUUCCUGCCGAUUUACAAACGAUACGGCGAGGCUUACCCACUUGAAGGACGACGGUACGAGACUGGCAGGCACUGGGGCGUGACGGUAAGCAGCGAUGGCAGGACAAGGAUCGGCGUCAAAAAGGACAACAACAAGACUGCAGUCAAGAGAGGAGCAAACGCCUUGUGUGCAGUUCUUCUCCUGGGAUAUAUCGCUCUGGUCCAGUGGGCGUACUGGACGAGACUUGUUGAGAUGUCAGGAGUGCUGUUCUGUCCUCCCAAGAUGAUCGAGUCUUCGGUCGUGUGGGUCGUCUUUACGGCUGUUGGGUUAUUGGCUGGUGCUGCUUCAUGA